ACCGAAACAAUUGAAUGUUGGGAGGAGGAAGCCAUAAUAAAUCUGGGAAAGAAAUUCCGUUAUAAGAUCAAACUUUUCCCGAGAAAAGAAGGAACGAACGGAAGAGAUACGUGAGUUUUAGAUGAUCAGAAGAAGAAGCUGAAGAAGAAGAAGAUGAUGAUACAUUGGUUUAAGCAGCUGCGAUCCGCGUUUGGCGUCGCGUUUCUGUGGCUCGUUUGCCUCAUCUACUUCACUCAGGGAUUUAGAUCGUUUGUGUGGACAGCAGUUUCGUACCAGCUCAAAGACAGGCUUCAGCUAUCACCAUCAGCUUCUCAGUUCGUCUUUUCUGUCGCCUUCUUUCCAUGGAGCAUCAAACCAUUAUACGGAAUCAUCUCAGAUUGUAUCCCUAUAGGAGGGAAGAAGAGGACACCGUACUUGGUGAUAUCGACAGUGCUCUCUCUUGUUCCAUGGCUCUUGCUCGGUCUAGACUCAACCUCCCGAAGUUCCAGCCUCUAUCUCAUGAUUUUCUUGACCGUACAAAAUCUUGGAUCAGCCAUGGCUGAUGUUGUGAUAGAUGCCAUGAUCGCUGAGGCUGUAAGAAUUGAAAAGUCUUCGUUUGCUGGAGAUCUUCAGUCUGUCUCAUGGUUUGCUAUGGCUGUGGGUGGUAUCUGCGGUAGUCUCUUAGGAGGCUACGCAUUGACCAACUUGAACAUAGAAACAAUCUUCCUCCUUUUCACGGUGUUGCCUGCGUUACAGCUACUUUCAUGUCCUCUCGUUGAAGAGAUUCCUAGCAAUGAACCGUUGCCUGAGCUGCUGGACUCGGACGAGUUUGAAGAGAAGAAGAGCAAUGAUACCUAUCUAGACACGAAGAAGUCGAACACAAGAAGAAGGAAAGGGCAGAAGAAAGGUAAGAAAGGAGCUUCCAGUGGAAAGAGUGAGACACACAAGAAGCAAUCAAAGUCUUUAGCUUCAAAGUUGUUCCAGUCAUUGAAAGCAGCCGCUUUGGAAUUAUGUCGUGCGUUCAAACAACCGAUCAUUUUGAGACCAAUGGCGUGGUUUUUCAUAGCGCAUAUCACCGUGCCAAACCUCUCUACGGUCAUGUUCUAUUACCAAACCGAGGUGUUGCAGUUAGACGCUUCUUUCCUAGGAACAGCCCGUGUUGUUGGUUGGUUAGGUCUCAUGCUUGGAACCUUUAUCUACAACCGCUAUCUCACAAAUAUGACUCUCCGCAAAUCUCUCUUGUUUGCUCACAUUGGGCUGUCUAUAACCAUACUCCUCGAUAUGACCUUGGUGUCUAGAGCAAAUGUGGGUUAUGGAGUAUCAGACAAGACAAUGGUUCUCUUCGGAUCUGCUCUAGGUGAUGCCAUCAAUCAACUCAAAUUCAUGCCGUUCUUGAUCUUGUCUGGUCGUCUAUGUCCUCCUGGGAUUGAAGGAACACUGUUUGCGCUGUUUAUGUCGAUAAACAACCUUGGGAACACAGUUGGAUCGUUCAUGGGAGCAGGAUUGGCUUCACUUCUUGGAAUCUCUUCAGGGUCCUUUGAGAAUAUGUUUGUGGGCUUAGCCAUUCAAGUGUUUUGCACUUAUAUACCCGUGUUGUUUCUUUUCUUGAUACCCAAGGAAGCUACAGGAGUGUCAGCUUCUUCAUAGGCUAGAGAGCAAAGAUAUUUUCUAAUAUAAAAGUUUUGAGAUCA